CGUCAUGCUCCACGCGACGCAGCGCCGUCUCCCCCACGCUGUGUACCAGAGGGUGCUGUCUGUGUGUGCCACUCUGUGCUCUCUCUCAGUUGAUCCUACAUCAUGGAGAAAAAAGGCUCAAACUCCUUCGGGAAGAAACCUAAACCCGCCAAGAUGGGCGACGGAGCCGACCCCGUCAAACACUUCGAGAGAUGGAAGAGAAAGUACAACAGGACGAAAGCGCGAGUGAAGCGAGAGAGGGAGCAGAGCAGGAGGCCGGAGUGGCAGCUCGAACGGGAGUACAUCGAACGGCUCGUUAUCCGGUACAGCAACAUAAACAGCAAGGAGGCUGUCAAGUUUUCAGACUUUCCUAUUUCAAAGAAAACCUUGUUAGGUCUGCAGGGGGCUCAGUACAGACAACCCACAGAGAUCCAGAGACAGACCAUCAGCUUCGCUUUGCAAGGCAAAGAUGUCCUCGGCGCAGCAAAGACCGGCUCUGGGAAGACUUUAGCCUUCCUCAUACCGGUGCUGGAGUGUCUGUACCGCCAGCAGUGGACCUCCAUGGAUGGCCUCGGCGCACUCAUCAUAUCCCCCACCAGAGAGCUCGCCUACCAGACCUUCGAAGUCCUCCGCAAGGUGGGCAAGAACCACGAGUUCUCCGCAGGGCUCAUCAUCGGCGGGAAAGACCUGAAGAGCGAGUCAGAGCGGAUCCAGCACACCAACAUUGUUAUUUGCACCCCAGGUCGGCUGCUCCAGCACAUGGACGAGACAGCCGCCUUCCACGCCUCUAACCUCCACAUGCUGGUCCUGGAUGAGGCUGACCGCAUCCUGGACAUGGGCUUCGCGGAUACGCUCAACGCCAUCGUGGAGAACCUCCCCAAGACCCGGCAGACGCUGCUGUUCUCUGCCACGCAGACCAAGUCGGUCAAAGACCUGGCCCGGCUCAGCCUCAAAGACCCAGAGUACGUGUGGGUUCACGAGAAGGCCAAGUUCAGCACGCCGGCCACGCUGGAGCAGAGCUACGUGGUGUGCGAGCUCCACCAGAAAGUCAACAUGCUCUACUCGUUCAUCAGGAGCCACCUCAAAAAGAAGAUCAUCGUCUUCUUUGCCUGCUGCAAGGAGGUGCAGUACCUGUUCCGGAUCCUGUGCCGCCUCAGACCCGGCAUCCCUGUCCUGGCUCUACAUGGCAAGCAGCAGCAGAUGAAGAGAGUGGAGGUCUACAACGACUUCCUCAGGAAGCAGAACGCUGUGCUCCUGGCCACCGACAUAGCCGCCAGAGGCCUGGACUUCCCCGCCGUCAACUGGGUGCUGCAGUUCGACUGCCCAGAGGACGCAGACACCUACAUCCACAGGGUGGGCCGCACAGCCAGGUACAAGGAGGGGGGAGAGGCCUUGCUGCUGCUGCUACCCUCAGAGGAGAAGGGCAUGGUCAGCCAGCUGCAGGAUAAGAAGGUCCCCAUCAACAAGAUCCAGGUGAACGCAGACAAACUGCAGAAUAUCCAGCAGAAGCUGGAGGCCUUCUUGGCCCAGGAGAAGGAGCAGAAGGAGAGAGCCCAGAGGUGUUUUGUUUCCUACCUGCGCUCCAUUUACCUGAUGAAGAACAAAGAGGUGUUUGAUGUCUUUAAACUCCAGAUUCACGAGUACGCAAUUUCUCUGGGCCUCGCCGUAGCUCCGAGGGUGCGUUUCUUAAAUAAAGCUCACGCACAGAGAGCUGAAAAAGGAGGGCAGAGAGAGGAGGAGCAGUCUGAGGAAGAGGAGGAGCUGAAGAGCUUCAAGACCCAGCUGAGAGGAAGCGUUCCUUGUGAGGAAGGUCAGAGCUCUGAUUCCGAAGACUCAGGUGAUGAUGAGGACAGUGGUAAUGAACCAGAGCUUGAUCGUUCCAAGGCGCUACUUCUGGGUGCAGAGGACGAGGACGAGGAUGAGGAUGAUAUGAGGGACUUGGACCUGCUGACAGUCAAAAGAAAGGAUGUCUUCAAUCUGACAGGGGACCAGGAGAGUGAAGAGGAACUGGCCACAGACUCCAAAAAGAACAAGGAAAAAGAGACAAAGUUCAAAGAAGCCAAAAAGGCCCUCAAGAGAAACUUCCAAGUCAACACCAAAGUGACUUUCAAUGAAGAAGGAGAGGCUGUGCAGCUGUGGCCGCCAGUCCAGCGAGCUGUGACUGGUGAUGGGGAAGAAGAAGAGGAGGAGGAGGAGGUUUCAGGUAUCAACGUGGAGAAGGCUAGGGAGAGGCUGAAACGUGAGGACCAGGAGUUUGACAAGCAGGAGUACAGCCGCAAAGUUAAAGCCAAACACAGAGAGAAGAGGCUGAAGGCGAAGGCAGCCAGGAGGGAGGCCAACAAGAAGAACGGGCAGAAAUCUGACGACGAUGAGGAGGACGAGGUGAUGGCGUACCUGGCCAAUCACAGCGAAGACGAGUUUGACCCCAGCACCUUGCCAGACCCUGACAAACUGCGUGAGGAGGAGGAGGAGGAGGAGGAGGAUCAAAUAAGGUUAGCCAAACGGCAGCACAGCAGUGAGAGUAGUGAUGACGAAGAGGAGGAGCUCACUGUGGGGAGGAGGAAGAAAGUGAGGCAACAGGAUGAAGAGCACACAGCCUUGGACACUGGUCUAUCUCUGGCUGAAGAUGAGGAGUUAGUCUUACAGCUGCUCGGAGGACGAAGGUAGAGCGAACAGAGAGUAGUGGGAGGAUUGACACACAUCAUGAACUCAUUCACACAGAGUUCUAACAGUCAGUAGUUCUAACAGUCGGUAGUUCUAACAGUCGGUAGUUCUAACAGUCAGUAGUUCUAACAGUCAGUAGUUCAGGAGCUCUGUUUCUCCUCGUCUCGUUUCUCCUCCUCUCGUCCCCUUAAAGUCCUUGUUUAUCAACUCAUAAUCUUCAUCUGCAGAGGGACUGGAGAUCUUGUAAUUAACAACAGUUUUUGGAUCAGCCUAGAUAUAAUGUGGUUCUAUUAAAGAAUUUAUAUUGUGCAUUUCAUUGAUCUGUGUAAUGGUUUUAAAUCUUGACUCAGGUUCUUGUAGGCAGUGUGUACAAUGGGCAGUAUAAUACAUCACGACUCAAGGGUGUCCUAUUUCUUUGCCUUCAUCAUAAGCCAUUCUGUUCUUUGUGAUUCUGUCCAAGCACAUUUUUAAUAAAGAAUUAGGAAAGAAAUGGAACACGAGAAGGGCCUCACAAAGACAAAUCCCACCUUCAACACAGUCUGCUCCUCGUAGAGAUUCUUUGUUGACAAUAUUGCCCCCCUCAAGGAGACAAAAGAAACCAUGUGAUCUGAUAAUGCCCGGCUUCCAGUAGGUUCAUCCAACAGCUCUGGUUCACUACAUGCACCACCCCUGACUGGAUGGAUGGAUGGAUGGAUGGAUGGAUGUUCACCCCCGUUUGAUGUCAGCUUUUACAGAUGAAUCAGCUUUUUGUACAUGGGGGGCCAGCUCUACUUUGGAUUCAUUUUAACAAAAUAACAUGAAACGUAAUAGUAUUUUAUUUUAAGUUCUGGCCACAUUUUAGACUCAGUGAUAGGCUCAUGUUUAAUGUUUUUGAGUUCAAAUUCCCUUAUUUGGAGGUUUUUCCAAGCAAAUAUUUAUAUAUAGGAUUGUGAUUAAAUCAGCAUAUAUUUCUGCCAUCCAUUAAAGUCUCCAUGACAUCCUCUGGUCA